UCAUUUUAAAUUGCAAGGUUAUGCGACAUGCUUUAACCUAUUAAUAUUUUGUUAUUCGGGAGCUAAAACUUUCGAUAUUGCCAUCAUGUGCUCCACACAGCAUAGCUGGGGCACCCACAGCAAGCACUCGCUCCGAGCCACGCUCAUGCGCAUUGACGGCUGCCUGUGCAAUUUGUCAGUACUCGUGGGAGAAUUUGGAUAUUCCCAUUUUUAACAUGGAUGAAACUACAAAUGUAGCUACAAAUGCAGCAGCUCCUGAUUUUGAUAUGUAUAAUGCCAUGGACUGGAAUGAUGGUGUUGGAACCCUGCCUGGGAGUCAACUAAAGUUUAAGGUGAAUGAGUUUGGAGUAUUGGAGGUCAUAACCGAGGAGGGAGAUGAAGAGUGUAUGAAGAAGGCUCAUGCCACCACUACAUGGGCAGUACCCACGGCUCAAGAGGCCCUCUCAGAAAGCAUGUCAGCAGCGGUGAAACAGGCGGGGCAGGAGGGACAGAGGGCCCACAGAGGUCUGGUGUGUGCGUGCUGCCAGAGGAAGGGCUCCCCCGUGGACUUCCUGUCGGACGGCCUUCACUGCAGUGAGCGCUGUCUGCAGCAGAACCAGCUGGAUGAACUGAAGCUAAAGAAAGAGGUGUCUAAGAGCAAUGGGGAAGUGGUCAGCCGUAAGAAGCCUCUGCAGCAAGACAAGGAGAGCGUAGCUGAUAAGAUGGACACCACAGAGGUCCCACCUGAGGGCGAUGAUGACGACUAUGAAGAGAAAGACAGUAGGAAGGCAACGCGGGGAGCUCCACGAGGCAGGAGGAAACGGAGGGGAGACGCAGCCUUGCUGAGACACACCAUUCCAUAUGGAGGGAAGAAGAAGUCUUGGUGUUGGGCUUCAUAUCUGGAGAAGGACAAAGCCAUUGCUGCCCCUACCAAGCUCUUCAAAGAGCACCAGGCCUUACCCCAGAGUAAGAAUGGGUUCCGGGUGGGUAUGAAGCUGGAGGGAGUGGACCCAGAGCAUCCUUCCAUGUACUGUGUGCUUACAGUAGCUGAGGUUUUAGGACACAGAAUACGUCUUCACUUUGAUAAGUAUGCGGAUUGCUACGACUUCUGGGUGAAUUCCAACUCUGCAGACAUUCACCCUGUGGGGUGGUGUGAGAAGACAGGACACAAGCUGCAUCCCCCCAAAGGUAUGAAGGAUGAGGAGUUCAGCUGGCCAUCGUACAUCAAGCUGAGCAAAGCCCAGGCAGCACCCAAAGCCCUGUUUGAGAACCAGAACACGACUGUUACACCAUUAGGGUUCAGAAUUGGGAUGAAGCUGGAGGCCAUUGACAAGAAGAACCCCUCCUUCAUCUGUGUUGCCACAGUAACGGACAUGGUGGACAGUCGAUUCCUGGUACACUUUGAUAACUGGGAUGAGAGUUAUGACUUCUGGUGUGAUGCAACCAGUCCAUACAUCCAUCCAGUAGGCUGGUGUCAGGAGAACAACAAGAUUCUCACUACACCUCCGGGCUAUUCCAAGACAUUCUCCUGGGCAAAGUACCUAGAGGAGACCAACUCAUCACCAGCUCCUGCCAGGGCUUUCAAAGUGAAACCCCCCCACUCCUUCCAGCCUCUGAUGAAACUGGAGGCGGUGGACAAGAGAAACCCCAUGCUUGUCAGAGUGGUCACUGUGGUGGACACUGAUGACCACAGGAUCCUGGUCCAUUUUGAUGGCUGGACAGAUGAGUACGACUACUGGGUGGACACGGAUAGCCCAGACAUCCACCCGGCAGGCUGGUGCACCAAGACCGGCCACCCCCUCCAGCCCCCCAUCAGUCCGCAGGAGCUAUUUGAGUCGUCAGACCAGAGCGGAUGUCCCACCCCGGGGUGUAAAGGUGUGGGUCACAUCAAAGGAUCCCGUUAUUCUGGCCACCACAGUGCAGUGGGGUGCCCAUACUCUGACAUCAAUAUGAACAAGGACUCCGUGCUUCCUGACCGUCUGAGCGGUGAGAUGCCAGGGUCUGGGGGAGUGGGCCGACCCCGGCGGGCAGAACCCAACCCAGAGAACCACCCAGCGCUGGUUCUCACCACAGAAAAGCACUUAAGCACUUCCAUAAAUCACCUGGACAAGCCCUGUCGGGGAGAGAAGGCUGGCAGUGGGGUGUCUAGCAAUAUGGAGCCUCCGAUCAAGAAGCCUGCUGGCACAGAGCCCAAGCGGAGGGUCGGCCGUCCGUGCAAGCAGAAAAAGGUAGAGGAGCCAGUGGAGGAGGGGGUGGAGAGUGAGGUGUCGUCUAUAAUGGAAACCAAAGUGGAGCUCACACUUCAGCAGGCCCUGCACCAGUCAGUGUUCAUGCCGUGUACCUCGCCAUCACCUGGCAGCGCUCCAUUCUGCUGGGACCAGCACAGCAAGCUGCUACCCACGGUGGCUGGCAUCACUUCAAGCAAAGUGGCGGCGUGGACAGUGGAGGAGGUGAUCGAGUUCAUCCAAGGUCUUCCGGGCUGUAAGGAGCAUGUACGCACAUUCAGAGAUGAGCUAAUAGAUGGCGAAGCCUUCCUGCUUUUGACCCAGGUAGACCUGGUGAAGAUCAUGAGCAUCAAGCUGGGUCCAGCCAUCAAGAUAUAUAAUUCCAUUUUGAUGUUCAAGACAGCAGAGGAGUCAGCAUGUAAUGAGCUCUAACGAAGGUGGGAGGCCCCUAUUUUUACCCAGAGCAGAGCCAGCCAGGAGGGCCACAAAGGAUCUGAAGCACAAAGAACCAUCCUUCCCAGAGGAUAUUUGUCAUGCACAUUUUUUUCAAGAUAGCCAUAUUGCAUACUGAGCAUCUCCAGUAUGGUUGACUCAUUGGAGAAAUGUCAAGUCCAUCCACCAGCCCUAUUUAACAUGUAAUAUAAAUGUACAGAAUAUGCUUUUUUUAUAUUAAUGUUGGGGUGCAAUGAGGCUAUUCAAUAUAUAUAUAUAUAUAUAUAUUUUUUUUUUUUUUUUACUGAAACAGGAAACACAUUGGACUAUUGUUUAUCCUUCUUUCAGAUUUCCUUCAGUUCAUCACAAUAAGCAUCUGACAUUUCAGUAAUGUAGAAAAUCCCAUCUGUACAGGAUCUGUUGUAUUAUAAAAGAUGUAAUGGCGUUAGUUGUUGUGAUUUGUCUCCUGUGGGAUGCCAGUGUCUUAAAGGUCAGAGAGAUUCUAACGACUGGCCAGACUCUGUGAUUCUUCAAGUGACACAGAGAAAUGAACAUGUUCAUGAGUUAUCAAUGUUAUGAUGCUUCUGGAAUCUUGUUACUUCUGGAUUCUUGUGUAUAUUUUACAACUGUUUUUGUUUUUUUUCUUAAUUCAGUGUUUGAGACUAUAAUGUUUAAUGGGUAGCCAUAUUAAGAACCUGUGUAAAGACCGACAUCUUGGUCUGGUUUCUCUCUGCGGUGUACAGUGAUCUGGCCCUCUAACACAGAGGCAUACAUAUACAGUCUGUUUACUUUUUAGUACUAAACUCAGAGAACGGGUUUGGUUGAAUGAAUCAAAUCUACCAAUAAGAGCUAUCUAUAUGGACCAGGGUAUUUCUUUAUGUGGACUGCUUUUACCUUCUAUAUUUAUUCAGUUAAUUGAGAACCUACAUUUAGAGCAGUCAAUUAAUAUAAUUGAAUGGGUACAUUGCUGAUCAUCUCGAGUAUACUUAGCCCACUGGAAAUAAUGCUGACUGUAUUAUGCAAUUUAUAUUUUGAAUUUACUUUACCUAAGCCUAAAGAUAACAAAAUGUAUGUGUCAUGGUUUAUAUUUUGCUUUUAUUUAUUUAAUUAUGCUUUUUUUUUUCUUCUCACGCCAGUGGGUGAGACCGCUGUGUACAGAAUAAUGCAAAAUAAUGUAAAUGGGAACAGAGCUUGCCAUUUCUGUGGCUUAAUAAUAAUGAAGCCUUUAUUCCACCUGCAUUGAUUCACAAAUAAAUCCAAUAUGAAUUACACUGAA